AUGGGAGAUGGGCCAACAUCUCAAUCGCCCGGGAAACCUCCACCAACACCAGCCGAGUUGGCCAGAAUUUUUCUUCAAAAUCAGACUAUUCCACCGAUGCCACCACCGCAUUUCUGGAGAAUGGUUCAAGAUGGAAGAAUGGGAAUGUCGCAAGUUACGCGUCCAGCACCAUCGGGACCAUAUGCUAUACCACCUGGACGUCCUCAAUUUCCAUCAGGAGUGGGCCCCGCGUUCCACCCCACAGCCCCUUUGCCACCGGCAUACUAUUAUCAAGCCACUUCAAACUCUAAUAUUAUAAUGCCUGGACCCAUGCAACCACUUUCACCGCAUCCAAACAAUGGACCACCACCGAUGCCACCAAGACCCUCACAAACGCCAUUUCCAAUGCCACCACGACCGUCGCAAACGCCGCAAUUUCAUCGGCCACUCACCCCGGCGAGGAAUCCUCCGGCUCAGCGACAAGUUACGACGCAGAGACCGCCUCCAACACCCGUUCACGCACUUCCACCAAGUCGGAAUUAUCCAAUAUCGCACUCGCAGCCGGUUCCCAUCAAGAAAGUCCAGCAAUCAGUUAAGUCAGCCUCACAGCGCCACGCCCAUCAGCAGUCACCUAAAGAGCAGAAAUCGCGCCAUUCGAGCAACAAAGAAGAGGUUGCGAAGCAACCAUCAAGCAGGAAUCUGGAUACGUCAGCCAUUAGACCGAGAAAAGCAUCAACUCCAUUUGCGAUAUCCUCCAUGCCUCUUAAUGAAACGACGACGGACGACAACCAACGAAUUUCGCGAAUGGAAUCGCCGCCAAGAGAAGUGAAGCCAGUUAAAGUCCCAAGAAUUAGCGAUCCAGUGAAUAUCAAAAGACACAACGAUUUAUUGCGAGAGCUCGAGUUGGGAAGACGUCCAUUUACUGAUUGUGAUGCGUUCAUUGUUGUGCUUCUCAUUGCAUUCAAGCAAUCCCAUUGCGGCAGCAAGUGA